UCAAGAGGAUGACGCUGUAGUGGAAGGUGGCUACAGUAAGCGGUGGGCGUGUUCUUGUUUUGAUCUAUCACUGGGAAGCCCGGUGUCAUCUGUUGUGGAACAGACUUGACAGUCCAGACCUGUGAGGACCGGGUGGGCAGGGGAUGCUGUACCUGGGAGACCACACUGCUCGAGCCCUACCUCUCUUUGGAUGAGGAUUCUUUUCACCAUGUGUGACACAUUUGGACAUUUUUUGCAUUUGUGCAUCUGACCAAAGGAAUAGAUUUUAAAUCCGAUUCGAAAGACUGUGAGUGUCCAAGCUGGAAGUGCAAGCAGCAUCUGAGGUGAGAGCACGUGUUUGUGUCAUGCUCGUGGCGGUGGCGUUGGUGGCGGCGGGUGCGGUCUGCGGCUCCACUGCGUCGUCCUUCCCUCUCUAGCAAGUGCUGAUGUGUGGCGUGGUAAAGCUGGCACCUGGGUAGGAGUUUGGUACCACCGGAACCGGAGGGGGCAGAGCUCCCCUUUUCCCCCUCGAGGGGAGGGAGCGUUGGGCCUUAAACCCAAUGGCCCAGUUCGCCAGCCUCAUCCCGGGUCACAGGGAGUCCUUCUAGCAAGCCGACCAAUCGGAUCGUACAAUGGAUGGACAUCUCUGUGGAUUUAAGGGGAAUAGUGCACUGGUGCUCCUGCAAAGGUCAGAGUGUGAACUGGACGCAUCAGGUGAAGACAGAAGAUCUAUUAGUUAACAAACCUGCGGGGACACAGGGCCACUUGGAAUCAUUUGAAGAAUGAUGAGCUCCAAGGAGGAGGAAACUAUUCGCUUCUUCCAGUACGUCGAGGAGAAUGGACUGAAAGCCUACAACGGUCUGCUGGCUCAGAACCUGGACCACGCCAGGAAUGAGAAGAAUAGGAUAUACCUGCAGGAGAAAAACGACAAGAAGAGAAAACAGGAGGAAGCCAUAAGGAGGACGGGGGAGGAUAUAGCAACAGAAGGCAAGCACUUACGUAUGGGCUCCAUCACCAUGCCAGACCCCCAGGAACGCAUGCCUAUGCCCCAUCCGCACGCUCUAGCGUGUGGGCAGAGCUUCUCUGUGCGCUCACAGUCCCUUCACUCUGUGGGUGGCAACAGCGGGGGCGGAGACGAAGAGGUGGGGAGUCCUACGUCCAGGAAGCAGCCCCCGCCCAAGCCCAGGAGGGACCCGGCCACCAAGCUAAGCAUGUCGUCUGAGGCGGUGGACCACAGUCCCGUGUCCGCCUGCCGUGGAGACAGAUGUGACGCUCAAGGAUGUAGUGAGGAGUGCCGGAGGGUGCCACCACCCAAACCCAAGAGGAACCCAAACACACAACUGAGCGUUUCUUUUGAUGAAUCAUACAUCAAAAUCCACGGAGGCGGCGGAGUGUGCCCUCCCAAAGGUGCCCUCCACCGCACCUGCUCCCCGUGCGAACGUAACACCUCUCCGCUGCAGAGCGACGAGAGCCCCACCGACGACUGUGAGGAUGAGCCCGUCUACAUUGAGAUGGGCGGGAUAGAUGUCGGUGCGCGAGAACUCUCAAAAAGCGAGGACGAGGAGCCAGGGGAGUCCGUGUAUGAGGAGAUGAAGUACCCCAUGCUGGAUGAUAUGGAAUACCGUACGGACCCGGUGGGAUGCCGCUCGGCAUGUCCUACCCCUGCACCGUAUGACCCUGAACCUCUCAGUCGAUGCUCCACUCCGAGAAAUAUUCCUUUCUGUGACAUUCCAGCACCGUUCCCCAAUUUGCUGACCCACAGGCCUCCACUGCUGGUGUUCCCCCCAGCACCGGCCCAAUGCUCACCCAACUCAGACGAGUCUCCCCUCACCCCACUUGAUGUCACCAAAUUGCCAAUGCUGGAGAACCAAUCUUACACCAAAUCGCCGACCUCCUCUGCCGAGCCGCCCUCCUCUGCGCACAUCCGCAGAGAGCUCACGGCCACUCCGACCCUCACCGUCUCUGGGCGCUCCUCCGCACCUCCCCUGCCCUGUACUCUCUACAAAUCUUCCACCUCAUCUUCCUAUCAGCGCAGUCACUCAGCAUGCCCAUCGCCAGUCAGCAUGGGCCGCUGCCUUACCCCUUUGAGCCUCAUGCGAACGCCGCCUUUCGACACUCCAGUGCCAUUUCCGGGGGGUCUGCCAAGGAGCGCCUCGGCCACCCCUCACGGCAAAGGGUCGCCGCCCCAAGAUGGCGUGGGGCGACUACAUGGCUCCAUGCAGAAUGUGUCGACAGGGCGUUCGCGGACACCCACGAGCCCGCUAGAUGAACUGACCAACCUGUUUACCACUGGAAGGAACAUGUUGAAGAAAAACGCCAGCGGGAGAAAAUCCAAAGAGCCCGGAGAGACUGAAUUGAAAAGUAAGUCCCACAGUGAUUCCAAACGUGAAGGCAAGGAACGCCACAAUCACAGCAAGGACUCCAAGCGAGACCCUAAGGAGCGCCACAGCAAAGAGUCCUCUCAUCGCAGAGACAGAGACAAAGACAGAGACAGAGAAAAAGAUAGAGACAAAGAAAGGGAACGAUCCAGCAAUGUGGAAUCACUGUCUCACAGGCACAGCAGCAAAGAACGAAGCGGUAUGGAUGCACCACCUGUUCGCAGGGACAGCAGAGACAGCAGAGAACAAGGCUACAGCAGUGUGGAGCCCAUUCCAGUUAGAUGGGAUUCUAAAGACCGGAGUGGCAGUUCCGUAGAACCAAUUCCACUGAUAAGAAGAGACUCAAAAGAUAGAGGAAUUAGCAAUGGAGACCUGAUGCCAAGACGAGACAGCAAGGACAGGGGUGCAGGACAUGGAAUGGAGUCUUUGCUUAAACAGGAGAGCAAAGACAGAGAGAGACUUCUCGAUCAGGCACCAGAGUUGUUACCGAGACAAGACAGCAAAGAGAGUGCAAGGAAUGGUGUAGACUGUAGACACGAAAGCAGAGAGAGACUGCUGGAUCAGCCACCAGAGCUCUUACCCCGACAGGAUAGCAGGGAACGAGUUAGGAACGGAGUCGAUUCAAAGCACGAAAGCAGAGACAAGCCACCCGAGCUCCUAGCCCGACAGGAGAGUAAAGACAGAUUUAGAACUGGUUCAGAAUACAGGCACGAUAGCAAAGACUAUCGUCCCGAUUUGUUACCCAGACAAGACAGCAAAGAGAAGGCGAGGAAUGAAAUGGAGCACAGACAUGAGGGCAGAAUAGACCAGCCACCUGAGAUCCUUCCCAGACAAGAAACAUCCAAAAGCAGCAACACUAAGGACAGGGUCUCUGAAUCCAAGCAUGACGGCAGAGAUAGGAACAUCCACAAUGGAGCAGAACUUCCACCACCACUUCUACCCAGGCAGGACAGUAAAGAUCUGAGCCGAACUGGCCUCGAAGUAAGACGAGACAGCAAGGACCGAAGUAUGAACGGCUCAGAUCACCACCAGUAUGACAGUAAAAUCACUAAGAGCCCUACUUCGAAGGAGUACAGGUAUGACAGCAAAGAAAGGGGCUAUAGAGCUGACGGAACGCCACGGCGAGAGAACAGAGCAAAUCACAGCAUGGAGCCAUCGAAAGCACAAGAGAGGAAUAGCAGCACAGUGUCGGGCCAGCAUUCAUCCACCACGACGCCUAUUCACAAGAGCAGAUCAACUGGUAGCCCCCCAAUGACUGUGGGCACCGGAAAUGGAGAGCAGCAGAGACUCAUCAGAGCCAGAUGCCCCAGAUGCCAUGGAUAUGCGGAGACACCACCAUGCUGGAGCAGAUCGAAAGGAAGCGAACGCUCUGUAAAGAAAUCCGCUCCAGACAACAUCCUCACCUGCAGAGGUAUCAGGAGAGGCCUCCUCCGGACAGGAGUGAGGACAGGCACCACGAGCGGAGUCAGUGCAAGCAAGAGAGCGCCUCAGUCCUCCCAGCUUGUGGGAAGAGCAGUGGGACCAAAAAGAUCCAUCCUCCUCCGUAUCCGACACAGACAACUGUAUUCUGGGACACUGCCAUUUGACUUGAUACAAACACAACUCACAUCUGCCACACAACCCAGAAUGAUCCCCUUCCUCUCCCUUUGGGAACUUCAAGACAACCAAUUAGAGCACCGGAGGGAUGAUGCUCGCUGAUGUCAAAGGACAAUGAUGUUACCAUAGCAAUAUUUCUGCUUGUUCAGGUUGUCAUGUUUUCUUAUCAUCGCUGGUGAUAUUUGAUAUUUUUCUAUUUCAUGUGGCUGGAUUCUUGUAAUAUAACUAGUAGAGUAGAUAUUUGAUGAAUAGAUAUUUUCUAAAUCAGAUGGGGAUUAAAGAGCAUCAUAAAUUAUGUAUAGUAGAUGUAGAUGCCAUCUAACAUUUGAUAUUUUCUUUUUUUUUGUUAUAUUGGUUAUUUUGAGUUAAAAUAAUCUAUGAAUACUUGUCCUGUGGUAGCAUAACUUUCUUAUGCCCAACACUUUUUUGUGCUUAAAAACACUCAAAUGAAUGGUCUAUUCAGUUUUGUCUGCAUUUAUUUGACAUUUUCACUCUUGUAUUGUAAGUUAAGGAGUUGUGUCGACAUUAGGGAUGGGUUUAAUCGAUUGUUAAGUGUGCAACGGAUUGUUGAUUAAUUGUGGUUUGAAGCAUUUAAGGCAAAAUGGAGUGCACUCGGCGCUGUUGAUUCAGUCUCAACUGGUUCGCUGUCAAAAGAGGGGCAACACGGCAGCUAUCGGAAGUUCAGCUAAAUCCACACAGGCAGCUUUUUUUUUCUCAAUUCAGCACUGUUAGCAAAACAAGUUCAGCACAAUCAGAGAGAUUCUCCCAUCCCAUGAAAAGAAUAACAACAACAUGUGUCCCGUUGUCAAUCAAGGAAAUGUAAAAUGCCCAUCCCUAAUGGACAUGCUUUAGAUUUCUAUCCUUGCCUGCUCCAGUUUGUUCUACAAUGCACAACAGUCACAGCUAGAACAGAAGCAGGAAUCUUUGGGCAAUUUAGUUUGUCUAUUACGGUAUGAAGUCAUGUCAUCAAAUCCUUUGAAAGGGAAAAACUGUAGGCAGGGUGUAGUAGGUUGGCAGAGAAAGUGUGAUUAUUUCUGUAGUAUUUUACGACACCAAUACGGGUGUGUCGGAGAGGUAGCAAAUUAGAAUAUACAUUAUUAACAGUAUAAUUUCCAAAACCAGCCAAAGCCUGUUUUAAACGAGAAACUGUGUGAUUGCACUUUGGAUGGGUUGGUUAUUAGAAAUGAGGUUGGUGACAACAGUUGGCUUAUUGAACGCAGGCGCCUUUAUUUUGCCAUGCACACUGCAAAUAUCAGAACACAGUGUAAAUAACAACCAGCCUGUACAAUCAACACCUGAGCUUUUAGAACAUGUCUUGAUUUUACUGCAGAUUAUAAUAGCCAUAUGCACUUGCUUAAGAAAUACCUUUCAAGAUAAUGCUUAUAUACAGUAUAUAUUUUUGAAAAUGUGACAAGUUGUAAGCUGUGCCAUGUGCAUUUUAUUUGGCAGGGAAGGUAAAAGAUUCAUUCGGGAUUGGCUGUGUGUAACAUGCAGUCACUGACUGAUUGGUUGUCCCUGGAUAUAUUGCGAUUGGCUGGAAAUUUUUACAGAGAUCAACAAGGACCUAUAUCAUGGCAAAGGCAAAAAAAUUAAUAAAAACGUGAAUCUAAGGACAGGGGUUGCACAAAGGCCUCCGAAUCUCUAAGGUUUUCAGAAGAAAACUGCACUGCCCAUCAUUGUUCCAUUACAUCCAAUUAGGCUGGUAACAUUGACCCCUCUCCCUCUGCUCUCUCCCACUACCUCAACCUCAACCUCCCACUUUCAUCAUCUCAAUUGGUCCCCUUUUGCACAUUAAAAUGCAAUGUCCACAUUGCCAAAUAGUAUGGGUUUGACAGCUGAGCUACAGUACUCAGAAUGCAAGUGCAGUAACCCUCUCAACACCACAGAGGUCCCGCUGUGUUGUACCCGUAUGCGUGAGCGCGUGAGAGGGAGUGAGCUCUGUGUUUGUGUGUGCCUAGCUACACUGUAUGCAAGUUUAAUCUACAAGAAAAAAAUAUGAUUGUUUUAAAAUGUUAACUUUGCCCCACACCCAUAAUAUUUGGGAAGGCGGGGUAGAGUUUGGAAAUGUAAUAACGAUGAUGUACAAUCUUUUUGUGUGUAUAAACGUGCACUGUGAAAAGGUAGAGAGAGCACCACACUGUCAGAGUCCUCUGUCUUAUUGCACUGAGUGUUCUCUUGUUUUGCGUAUUUAAAAAAAUAAAAAAAUAAAAAAAGGAAAAUAUGUUUGAAGGGGAAAAAAAAGUACAGUAUUCUGAUUGUCACUUGGGUUUGUUAAGAGAAAUAAAUAAAUAUGAACUUGAAACCUUCCAUGGGGGGGGGGGGGGAAAUGACUGAUUGUGAAAUUAAUUAUUUUCCACUACAGUAUUGAUGCAAACAGAAGAGGGUCAGCAAACAUUGACAUACACUGACUUAAAUUCUAAUAUUUGUUCUUUGAAAUUGUAUUGCAAUGUAUAUGUAUGUAUAUAAUUUAUGGAUUAUUUGUAGGUUUUAUCAUUUUAACUGAGGACGAGCACAGUUUGGGUGACAGAAAUAAAAGAAGCAUUUCAUUAGUAAUUGACCGUGAGGAUAUGUAUAAAAAAAAAAAAAAAAAAAGAAAAAAUAGAAAACAUAUGAGGUUCUGAGUCAAGUUAUCAGCCACCACCAUCCAUCUUCCAUUGGUGAUAAUGUACAAUUAGCAAAGUCAUCAUCUGUAAGAAUAUGUAUUUAAAAAAAAAAAGCUAAUUCUAAAACUAAGUCAUACUCACAAGUUGAUUUAAACAAAUGCAUGAAAUGAGUUUGUCAUGGUUUGUUUCCCUGUUCCUCUUAAGCGCGUGUUAAGCGAAAACGUGUGCUAAACUAAAGCAUGAGCUAGGCUAAAGCAUGUAGCUAAGGCAAUGCUAACUGGUGUUACUUUAGAUGCUAGCAAUCACUUAGUUUUAGGUAAUUAGUACAAUGUCAAAACACCAUUUAGUAGAAACAAAUGCAUUCUGGCGUUACCAGACACUGGGGUUUCCUUUGUCGCAUAACAGGCAUGUUGACGCUUUUUUCAGUCCAACUGGCAAACCGGCAACAGACUAAACCAAAACCUUUUAUAGCAAAGGUGACUGGGGUUGUACCAUAUUCUGGCAAGGUAAGGGGGCAUUUUACUUAGGUUGUCAUAAAAUAUUUUUUUACAGGCUACAAUUGUGUAACUUCAUGUUUUGAUGAGUAGUUUAAUAUGUAGUGAUUUCAACAACAAAAUGAAAUGAAUUACUAAUCCAGAGGAUGCUGUUCAAGGAACUGGGAAGGAUGGUCAAGAACUGUGAUUCCAAGCCACUGUGCCAUGAGCGUUCAUCAGGUGUGUUGUGGGAAAUUAUCAGAUUUCACUU